CCACUGCAUUUUUCUCAAAAUUGUAGGCACCCACAAGGAAGGAAUCACCGGAAGAAACUUCACAUCCGGCGAGCGUUUCGAAAAGACUCAACAAUGUUAUCCAACAUAGUGUUAAUGAGACUGCUAAAUCCAAUGAAGCUGUUCAAACUUCCAACAAAAAAUACAAAGCGUGUGCGUGCUGCUAAAGAUACAGAACAUUUCCAGAAUUCAUCCUCACCACAUGAACAAAGAUCAGUGAAGGCAUCCACAUCCACAAUAAAGGAAGUACCAAAACAUAAGACUGCACGAAAGAAACAAAAAAUUGUCAUCUUGCUCUCAUUGGCCCCAAGAACUAAAGGCUUGGUGGUUGGUAAAGGAAUCUUAAAAAGUAGAGAUAGCAAAUAUAUGGUUCAAGGGGAUACAUUGGGUGACUCAUUUUGGGCAAUCAGUGUUCUAAAUGUUAGUAAACUUGGAUGUGAAGAACUGCCUCGACCAUUUGAAGAUAUCCAAACUGUAGACGAUGCUAUUGGUCAUUGCAUUGCUUGGCCAUCUACUCAUGUUAAGAGAGUAAAAGAUGUUUCAAACUAAGGCAGCAUGUCUUCUGAUCUUGCAAUGCAAGUAAAUUUCACAAAGUGUGACAAGAGAUCAGGGGAACUCGAAGUGCUGAUCAUUUCACAAGAGCGGAAGAGCAGUGUGUAUUAUUUUAAAUACUAUGCUAUUUAGUUUUUCGUGUGAUGUUGCCUAGCAAGGGGAGGUUAUCUCGUGCUCUGAACAUGUUUAGUUUUCUGUUUUUUCUUUCAUGAACAUCUAGCGCUCACACUUAGGUGUCGUGGUCUGUUUUUAAGUUCAAUAUUUGUGUUUCUUUAAUCAAUCAUUGAACCCUCAGUAUAUUUAUACUGAAAUUAUCAAAUGUGUACUCAGUUGUAUUUUGUU